UUAUCUACUCCUCUCAGGCCACUUGAAGAAGCCUCACCCGGCCCCUACUAGAUUUCUCGGAGCGCCACCCAUGAUGAGGAAGCCGGAUCCUCCGGCAAAGAGCAAUCCGACCAAUAACAACAGUAAUGGAGCCACUAAGCUAAGGAAAGGAUUGUGGUCGCCGGAGGAGGAUGACAAGCUCAUGAGCUACAUGCUUAACAAUGGGCAGGGGUGUUGGAGCGAUGUCGCCAGGAACGCAGGCCUACAGAGGUGUGGCAAGAGCUGCCGGCUCCGUUGGAUAAAUUACUUGAGGCCUGAUCUCAAGCGUGGUGCUUUCUCGCCCAAAGAAGAGGAGCUUAUCCUCCACCUGCAUUCUAUUCUUGGCAAUAGGUGGUCUCAAAUUGCAGCACGUUUGCCUGGUCGUACCGACAAUGAAAUAAAGAAUUUUUGGAACUCCACCGUUAAAAAGAGGCUGAAGAACUCAUCGUCGCCAUCUCCAAACCACAGCGGCUCCCCUGAACCUAAGGUUGGCAUGGUGGGCCUUGCAAGCUUAAACGAACAAGAAAUCAAGACUAUGUGCAUGGAUUCAGCGUCUUCAUCAUCACUUAUGCAAGGUUUGUCAAUCAGCAACCAGUACGAUCUAUUGCCUUUGCCUGAUGUCAGUUCUGGCAUGAAUGGUCUAGGAAGCAGAUACUUCCAUCAACCCGCAUCCUUCCCACAAGUUGGCUUCGGAAAUGGGUAUUAUGGGAGCCAUGGUAUGAUGAUGGAGGGAGGCCUUAUGGGAGGAGGAGGAUGUGAGAUCUUUAUACCCCCUUUGGAGAGUACGAGUAUAGAGGAGAAUGGCACUAGCAAUAAUAAUGCAAGAAACAUAAGUGACCCCUACCACGUGCACAGCAGCAAUAAUGAUGUGAAUAAGAUUAACAGUGAUAAUGCUGUUGGGAGUGCGAUCUAUUGGCAGGGUGGAAAUAUGAAGAUGGAGGAGUGGGACUUUGAGGACUUGAUGAAAGAUGCGACUUCUUUUCCUUUCCUUGAUUUCCACGCCGAAUGACUGGCCAUUCCAAAGAUAUAUAUAAGCUCUCAUUUUCUUUUCUUUCCUUCCUCAA